AUGGGCGGCGGUGACUGGGGUGGCGGCGACCGUCGGUGGUGGUUGGUGGCGACAGAGGUGAGGUGGGACGGUGGGUGGCAGUGGUUGGUGGCAACGACGGUGGGUGGUGGUGGUGACGGUGAUGGUGGUGGUGGUUGGCGACGACGAGUGGCAUUAGCGACGGUGGUGGUUGGUGGCAGCGGUGGGUGGCAACGGUGGUGGGUGGAUAACGGCGGCGGUGGCUGCCGAGGUGGCGGGUUGCGGGUGGCGGCGACGAUGGGCGUCGGUGGUGGCGAAGGUGGUGUUGUUAAUGAAGUGAUGGAAUGA